AAUGAUAAUAAUAUUUAAUAAAUUAUAUAAAAAUAUUUAAAUAUUGUAAAAAUCUUCUAUAUUACAAUUGAAAAUUUCAUCAAAAAUGGAUAAUAGUAAUAAUAGAAGGAACACAGCAACUGAAUUCAGUUAUAUACUUCAACGUCAGGAUAGCGAUGUAUCAGCAACUGAAGUUCAUGCAUUCGAUGACAUUAAAAAUCUUGUAAAUAAGGAAGGACCACCGCCAAAUAAUGCAACAGUAGAUGAUCAUUUAUCUUCAUUACCGCAAGCAUCAUUUAAUUAUAUUAAUUCAAUUGUUGGUAGUGGUGUUAUAGGUAUACCAUAUGCAUUACAUAGAGCUGGAUUUGGUUUAGGAAUGUUUCUAUUAAUACUAGUUGCUGUUAUAACUGAUUAUUCAUUAAUAUUGAUG